AUGACUUCGAUAUUCGACUCUCUUGGCUCUCUAUGUCAGUCUUCCCCCUCACAUCCGCAGUCCCUGCAUGGCUCGUCCACGUUGAACCCUCUGCAUGCGUUAUCCGAACAAGACAACCAACGGGCCCGCUCCCUCUUCCUCACACUACAUGUCUUGUUCCCACACGAGCUUCUGCCGGCUCUCGACCUCCUCGACCGUGGCCUGGUGACGCGACUGAUCACGCUCGAAGCGCCAGAAGUUUGUGCUACUGGGAUCAUAGAUUCACACUUUGUCAGUGAACCCACCGAGUCGUCGUCAGGCCCCUCCGGCUCUGCUUCUGCUCCUCUUUCUGCGGGACAUCAGACGUUAGAAGGACAAGAACCUAAUCACUUCAGAGACGAGGUAUUCUACAUCCAAUCCUCGAGCGCUUCUUCGUCAUCAUCAGCAGCAGCAACUAGCCAUCACCGCAAACAGACGAGCAGCGGCGCUGCACCAUUCUACGAAGUCCGUCUAGAUAGCUGGAACUGUACGUGUCCCGCGUUCAGUGUGAGUGCGUUCCAUAGCUUGAUGAUGAAAGGUCACUACGAAACAAAGACAGAGGCAGAGCCAGUGCCCGCAGGCCCUCCACAUAGGUGGACGAACAAUCAAGGUAAGGGCGAAUCCAAGUCCUCAACGUGGCGGUUCGGCGGCGUGGCGGUGGAUACGGCGUCCACUUCAAGUCCGCGCCCGCCUUCCUGUAAGCAUAUCCUCGCUGCUGUGCUGGCUAAGGCGGCGCCGGGCUUGUUCGCCCACGGCGUCACGUCUAGGACGGUCAGUCGAGAUGAGAGUGUAGGCUGGGGAGCGGGCUGGGGUGAGUUUGGAGGUGGAUGA